AUGCUGUCUUCAAGCCCUGCUUCCUGCACGUCUCCCAACCCGGACAAGGAGAAUCCAAGUAAGAAGGUCCAGUGGGCUUCUGGGAGGAGGAGGACAUCAUCCACAGACUCAAAGUCCCAGUCCGACCCCUCCAAAGCGUCCAGGUCCCGGAAACUCAGCCGGCUGACGGUGAAGUAUGACCGGGGGCAGCUCCAGAGCUGGCUGGAGAUGGAGCAGUGGGUGGACGCCCAGGUUCAGGAUCUCUUCCAGGAUCAACCAACUCCUUCUGAGCCUGAGAUCGACCUGGAGGCUCUCAUGGAACUAUCCACAGAGGAGCAGAAGACUCAGCUGGAGGCUAUUCUCCAAAACUGCCCCCGCCCCACAGAGCCUUUCAUCUCUGAGCUGCUCAGUCAACUCAAGAAACUUCGGAGACUCAGUCGGCCUCAGAAACAAGCCUUGUGAGGCUACCUUCAUCAGCUUCAGCACUGCCAGGUCUGCCCUGAACCCCUGGAUCCUGGGCUGAGAGGGAAACAGCUCCUUGGGACACAGACAAGGAACAUGGAGAGUGAGGAGGGACAUUUGGACACCCCUGUCUAUGUGCAGUCACAGCUAAUUCCUGUCAGCUGGGCUUUCUGGGAGCCAGUCAUGGCUAUGGCCCAGUGCUUUCCUCGGCAGCUGAGUGAAUAAAACCUUCAGGAGCCCCA